CUCACACGUUACAACCCGCUUGCUUGAGGCUCUGUGCCACAACCAGUGCAAAGCUACUCACAUCGCAGGCAAUGCUACACCUGAGUUGUCACCAUGGCUCGCAUGACACCAGCAAACCAUACUUCCUGGCCUAUAUUCCUGUUGUAUAAGAAGGUGAGCGCCUCUCUACCGGGAAACUGACUUGUCCAUCAUCACAACAACACAACAAAUCACUGCAACAAUACCCAUACCUGUUAUUUCCUUACCACAAUCGUUUAACACCUAGUUUCCUUACCACACUCGCUUCAAACAAUACCAUAAGCAACACCACCUUGCCAUUUUCAAGUAUAAUCCAAUAAGCUCGUCAUCAACAAUGCAUUCUUCAGUCUCUUUGCUUGUCGCAGCAUUUGCUGCAGGCGCUUUGGCUAUGCCAGUGUCCAGCACUACCACCACUUCCAACUACUGUGGCUUCGGUACUAAUGCAGAUGGCUCCUGCGUCGUUCCAACUACGACCUCGAGCUCUGUUUCGUCUACUACCACAUCGAGUUUCUAUUGUGGCUUCGGAACUGCCCUCGAUGGCUCAUGUAUUACACCCACAUCCACCACUACAUCGACUUCAUCCAGCACCACAACGACAUCGUUCUGGUGCGGCUUUGGCACAGCCUUGGACGGCAAAUGUAUCACUCCCACAACCACUACCACAUCCGUCUCAUCUACCACGACCUCGUCAUACUAUUGUGGUUUUGGCACGGCGCUUGACGGAAAAUGCAUCACUCCAACCAGCACCAGCACCUCCACCUCCACCUCCACCUCGACCGCCAGCACCACCACUACUUCCGCCUCGACCGCCAGCACCACCACUACCUCCACCUCUUCACACUCGAUGACUACUACAACAAAGAGCAGGAGCACCAGCUGUAGCUCUACCAGCACUUCAAGCAAGCCAACGAGCUCUAGCACCAGUGCCAGCAGCAGCACAUGCACUUCAAGCAAGCAGUCCAGCACCAGCAGCGUCGCGACUACCACAGCCAGCACCUCCACCUCUCACUAUUGUGGAUUUGGCACUGCUUGGAAUGGGAAGUGCAACCCAGCCCCGACCUCAACCAGCACCUCGACUACUUCCACCACCACUCCUGCCUCCCACUGGUGUGGAUUCGGGACAGCCGCCAACGGCCAGUGCAAUCCAGCACCUACCCAGUCGACCACCACUCCUCAUUGGUGCCCUGGUCCAGUUACAGUGACUGUCACUGCCACGCCUACCUUGGCCCCCAACUUCUUCUAUGGCUUGAGUGAUUGUGUUGGCUGCCAAACUGUGACAAUCACCAUGGCCGUGCCCACGUCGAUCGGCGCCUGGUAAGCAUUGGUUAUGAGUUGGGAAAGCAACGUCAGUAAUGUGAACAAGAGUUGGGCUGCUGGGCAGCAUGUCUUUCUAAUGCGGUUUGCAUCUUUUUCAGCAUAGCGGGGGUUUGAUAUUGGUAGCGUAUAUAUAUAAUACACCUCGAACGUAAUCACUCCUUAGAAUACACACGAGUUCUAUUCUUGA